AUGCUUGCGUUUUACUCUCCAAGGAUCCCUUCAGCUAUCAUCAGGCAGAAACCACUCUUGGCAAGGUACGAUAUCAUCCCAACAAGAGUUUUUAUGGAUAGCAUGAUCCACCCCCUCCUACUUGCUGGUCACGGUACGGAGUGGACUCUGUCGGAGAGGUCGGGAGUACCUCGGGACAUCGAGCCUCCUCUUCUGGAGGAUAUCCAUCCGCACCGAAACUGGACUCACCCUACGUCCCCACGAGCUCUAAAGAAACCCACUGGCGCAAGUAAUUCUCUGACCCCGCCGGAGGAAAGAGAGCUUUUAGCCACUUUUGGCGACCUUCCACCGAGAGAACAACAAGAAAUAAUUGAUAGACUAGAAGUACUUAAUCAUCAGCUCAUACACGUCCAGAAGAACGGAAAAGUCCUGCCCACUCUUCAGGAUAACUCCGCCAGCUUUUCGGAGUCGUGGUUUAAGGGAGCAGGAAGUCUUCCAUACCUUAGUCCAGCUCCUAAACCCAUGCCUCCACCACUUGUGGGCAAAACCCACCGACGCUUGGUAGAACCAGGUUUUGCCUCUCAAGCUGGCCCCUCAUCCCAACUCUUGAUAAAUUUUGACUCGCCCUCCAAGAGUCCCCCGCUGAGGAGUGUAACCCAGAGUUCCUUCCACCAAAACAACUCCUUACCAUCUAAUCCAUCAAUGCCGGAACUGGAGUCCUCAUACUCCCCUGAGCAGCAUAGACCCGACAUACAUACGGUACCAGUACGCCGAACAUCCCCUGUACCUUUGCCAGCAUUAGGUCAGGGAGUGUCCCACCUACAUCAAAAAUGGCCCGGAUUUGAUUGA